GUAUAAACUCGGGGCAGAAGUGUCCCAGGGGCUGGCCUGCUCUUUUGUGCCUGCGUCACUUCCUCCCUCCUCUCUCUCGCUUCCAUCUUGCUCCCCGCAUGUGUCUGCUGUUAGUUUACAGAUGAAAGAAGCAAUUAUGAAUCAAGAAAAACUUGCUAAACUACAGGCACAAGUCCGCAUCGGUGGAAAGGGUAGUGCUCGCAGGAAGAAGAAGGUUGUACACCGAACAGCAACCGCAGAUGACAAGAAGCUCCAGUUCUCCUUAAAGAAACUUGGUGUCAACAACAUCUCUGGCAUUGAAGAGGUUAACAUGUUCACAAAUCAAGGAACAGUCAUCCACUUCAACAAUCCCAAAGUGCAGGCCUCCCUCGCCGCCAACACUUUCACCAUCACUGGCCACGCUGAGACCAAGCAGCUGACAGAGAUGCUGCCGGGCAUCCUGAACCAGUUGGGAGCAGACAGCCUGACGAGCCUCAGGAGACUCGCAGAGGCCCUGCCCAAACAGGCUACAGAUGGAAAAGCGCCGAUUGCAACAGUAGAGGAGGAGGAUGAAGACGAUGAUGUUCCAGAUCUGGUGGAGAAUUUUGAUGAAGCAUCCAAGGAUGAGGCUAACUAGAGGAAAUGGGACAUCCCGGAGUGUCAAAACUUGACAGGACCAUGUGGGCACAAGAUGUUUUAAUGUCUACUUUGAGAGUUGGAAAGUUAAUAAAUCACCAGAGAGGAUGUGAAAUCAGUCAACUUUUGGUUGUGAGCAUUCUGUAACAUGUGCAACACCUGGGCAAAUUCUUUACGUACUCUUAAGUCAAUUAUUUUUGAUUCACUUUUUAGGUUAGUACUCUGAAGUAUUAAACCCAGGGGUAGCAGUAUUUAAGCAGGAGGUAUUUUAGUACUCAUUCCACCUCUUUGCCACCAGACUCUCCAAAUGCUUGUUGUGCUCUUUGGUCCAGUCAGUGAUUGUGUAUAAAAUGUGGUGUUUCAGGCUCAUGCUGUGCAUCUGUUUCCUCCAUGUUACUGAACCUUCAUUCUUUGUGGCCUCGCUGAAACCACUGUACCUGGAAUAAACCUUUGCUACUGUCAAUAAAUUGACAAAAUAA